UUUAAGACACGGUUUUAUAAUUUUAGGCUUUUUCAUUUUCAGAUUGUAUGGCUAUAUUAUAAUAUUAAAUGACAAUGACACAACUUUUAUAAAUAAAAAUUCAUUAUAAUGACAUCUAAGCUUAAGGAAUUGGUCAGCAAAAAUAAAAGAAGAUAUCAGGAGGGUGGAUUCGAUCUAGAUUUGACAUAUAUCUUCCCCAACCUAAUCGCCAUGGGAUUUCCCGCCGAAAAACUGGAAGGGGUGUAUAGGAACCAUAUCGACGACGUGGUCAGAUUUUUCGAGACGAAACAUAAAGACCACUACAAAAUUUACAAUUUGUGUUCAGAGCGGUGUUACGACCCCGUUAGGUUCCAAAACAGGGUCGCCAUCUACCCCUUCGAGGACCACUCGCCGCCCAAGAUGGAAUUGAUUAAGCCGUUCUGCGAGGACCUCAAGGCUUGGCUCGAUCGGGACUCGUCCAACGUCGCCGCUGUCCAUUGCAAAGCUGGGAAGGGUCGCACCGGUGUCAUGGUAUGUUGUUUCCUGCUGCACAUAAAGCUCUUCAAGACGGCCAAAGAAGCCCUCAAUUUUUACAGCGAAAUCAGAACUUCCAAUCACAAAGGAGUCACCAUUCCCAGCCAAAUCAGGUACGUCAAUUAUUACGAGAAGCUUCUUACUCUCAACUUGGAUUACAAGCCCGUGCCGAUUUACCUUAAAAAGAUCCAUUUGUAUCCCUUACCAAAGUUGCAAUUAUUUGUACCCGAUUUGGAGAUAAGCUCGAGUCACAAUGGUUCGAACGAAACCAGAGAGUGCGCCAAUCACCGCAUCGUUAACUUCUCGUUAUCCGCCACGUCACUUAAUCCCGCCAACCAACAACCAUCCGGUCCACCUAAUUCGUCGUUAUUACCUCCCGAAGAAAGAUUCAUAAAAGUGAGGAAAAAAUGGACUUCUAACAAAGAGACCUCAGUCGAACAGAUGGAACAUUUCAAGCUCGUUCCAAAUCGGAAGAACGAUAAACUGUAUCUCAGCCUCGAAGCUCCCUUGCAACUCAGAGGUGACGUUAAGAUUUUGUUUUACAACAAAUCCAAAAUACGUAAAAAGGAAAAACUAUUCCACCUUUGGUUCAACACCUUUUUCCUGGCACAAAAUCAUAACCGUUACCACCAAGAAAAGGGUAAUUCCGUUAAGAAGCCAACGAAUAAUGAUCUUAUCCCACGAUUCCAUAAUGAUAAUAAUCAUGGUUAUAAUCAUAAAGAAAAGGACAAAAGUAUUCUCGAUAGCAUCAAAUUAGAAUUUACUCCCAAGAGAAGAUUUACAUUCUCUAACCCGUCCCAUGCUUUUACCCGAAAAACCGUGAAAGAUAGCCUUAGUUCUCCACUCGUCCCUCCUGCUAACGACAGUUUACUGCCACGUGAUCUCGGUAAAUCAACGGUUUGCAACGGUUUAAAUUUUGGCGGUACCAUUAAACGAGACGAUCAUAGCCUUAUUGAUUCCUACCUCCUUUUGGACACUGAUACAGUAUCCACGUCGCGUUGCUUAAACCAAUCUCCCAUCCUGCUCGAUGACUCAGAUCUGCUUACGAAUCUAAACUUUCGUGAAAGGCUUAACCACGUUAUCAAAAACAAUUACGAAAAAUCGUCUCUAAUCAGUUGUAGUCCUGACGAAUCGGAAUUUGUUUUCACGAAAAAUAUCCCCCGAUUGGCGGCUACCGCCGCUUCGACCAAUGGGGAGCACUCAGAUAUGGACGAAAGAACAACGAAUUACCGCAAAAUGGAAAUUGAUAAGGAUGACAAAGAAAAACUCGACAAAUAUUUUAGCGACGAUUUUAAUGUAACAUUGGUGUAUACCGUGAAUAACCCACCUGACAAUUUUUCCCAACUACCUCAAGCAUCCAAUCUCGAUAACCACCACGAUAUUCCCUGUUCCGUAUUCCCCUCCACCAUUCGCCGUCAAAAAAUUUCGACCUUUAAAUGCCCUUCGAAUAAUUUACCCUCCUUGGGUCUGGGCGAUGACGAUAUAAAUCAUCACUAUCCUCUCAAGAGAUGCGAAACGUUAUGUUGCCCUCCUAGCCUGGACGGCAAACAGCAAAUGACUUCAAAGUUUUUCGCGAAUCGUAGCAAUAGGUACAACAUCUUCAACUCCAAAUAUUACGGAGCCUCUUUCGACAAGCGUCCAAACAGCCCCGCCUCUCUUCUAACUCUCAAAGGCGUUCGCUUGUUAUGACAUCCACAAAGCAUUUUCGAUAGAAAAACCUUACAACAUAUCUUUAUUAUAAAAUCUCUCCUUAUAACAAAAGAAUCCAUUUAUUUGUUUUUGAUGACUUAAUAUUAUAUAUAUAUAUAUAUUUUUUAGAAAUUCAAAAAGAUCUCUUGUAAUUUCAUUAUUUUCUAUAUAUAUAUUUAACUAUUUUUUCUAGGGGUAUGAAUUCUCUUCACUGACAACGAUCGUGUACUCUAGUAUUUCUAUUUUUUAAAAAAAAUUAAAUUUUUAAAUAUUGAAAUCAAAGCCAAAGUGUAAUUUAUAUAUAUAUAUUAUAUUUAUAUAAAUGUAAUGAUUAAAAAAAAAAAUAACAUGUA